CCAUAUACCAUCUAUGCAAGCUAGCUAGAUGCAAGUCAAACUUUGGUCAUACACCAUCCAUACACCACCCAAAAAAUCUUUCGGAUGCAAGUCAGAUACGCAUCCCAGACUAUGGCCAUACAUGCCUUGUACAUGCAUCAGACAACACUUGCACACUCGCCAGACAUUCUCCGGAUGAUGGCCAUACACUACGCGUGCACAACCCACGCAUCAGCCGGAUACGAGUUGGACAGAGGUUGUAUAUUGGUCAGAUAAUAGCCGGCCUCUGGUCAGAUAACGACCAGACGCUAGCUGCUCUUCGCUCCGCAUUGAGUGUUGCGCUCCUUCUAAGCCUCCUCUCCUGCCUGCGCAUGUUGCUGCUGCCGCUAGCCACCACAUCCAACCACCGGGCCUCAUCGUUGACCCGCUGGAUCGGCUGCUACCUCGACCGCACGAGCCUCCUCUGGCCCUGCCUCCGGUUUGCUUGGCGCCUCACUGCUGCGUUGCUUUUCUCAGCCACGAGCCCCGGAAUUCCCCGAGUCCCUGCUCUACCUCCUCACCGCCUGUCAGCCACAAGCUGCUCUGCCCACGGCUGUCGCCCACUGCGGUCCCGCCAGAGGCGCCCCUGCCCGUCGCCGGCUGCCGCCUGGGCUGCCAGCCCAGCGGCCAGCUUCCUGCGGCCGUCCCGCCAGCCGCACAAACCCACGGCUCGCACCGACUGCGCCGCCUGCCGGGUUGGCGUGCCCUGGCCGGCUCCGCCUCACCUGCCUGCCGGGUCGCCACUUCGCGCCGGCUUCGGGUCGCCGGCGCUGCCCCGCCUCGCGACACCCAGCUGCUGCUCCGCGUCCGUGCGCCCAGCUUCACAACCAGGCCGUCGCCGCCUGCUGGUUCCACACGCACCCGGCAAAGCAUCGCCUCCCCGCUUCCGCGUCCCGGCCUCGGGGCUGGCUCCCCGUUGCCCGUUGCCACCCCGCGUUACCGCGGCGCCUCUGCUUCGGCCCAGCACCCGGUCGCCGGCUCCAGCGCCCGGCCUGCCCGGCGCCCGUCGCCCGCGCCGUCUGCGCUCGCCUUCCGCACGCCCGGCCGCCCGAGUCGCGGCGCUGCUCUCCUUCGACCUGCCGGCUCGCCUGCCUCCUCGUGCGCGCCCCGCCGUCUGCACCCGUCCUCCGCGGCGGCCUGCCCCGCGCCCGGCGUGCCCCAGCCGCCCCGCGCGCCUACCGGGUCCGCCUCUGCUCCGGGCUGGCUCUGCCAUCGCGCGUGCGCGUACCCGCACUGCCCCGAGCCGGCGACCAGCUGGUCGCCCCUGCCGCCUCCCCGCGCCGGCCGGGUCGCCGCUGCCGGCCUCCCCAGCUGUCGGCUGCCGCCUUCCCGCGGAUGGCCUCCUCCGCUUCCGGCUCUACCUCAUCCCCGUGCCCUGCCGUCUUUGCACCCGGCCCGGACCGGCUUCGCCUCCGUGCCGAUUUGCCGUCGCCAGCCGGACGCCGGCUCCCGUGCUUGGCCUGCUCCGCCCGCACCUGGACUCCGACUCCCGUGCCUGGCCGGCUUCCGGCUGUCCGGCUCCGCCCCGCAUCGCCGUCUCCGGCUCGACGCCCACCUGCAGGCUUCGCCUCCGACCUGGCCGGGUCCGGCCUCGCACCGGCUCCGCGCGCCCCCUGCCGGCUCCCUCCCGCGUUGCCCUACAGGCUGGCCGCGCGGCCGGCUGCGCCAGCGCCCGUCCGCCGCGCCCCUCUGCUCCGUCCCGGCCGCAUGCCGGCCCCGGGUCGCCGACUCCCCGUCUGGUGGCCUGCCGCCGCCCCAGCUCCACGCGGCUGCGCCCCAGCCGGCUGCUCCAUGCAGACAGAAAAAGGGCCGCCUGCCCAAUGGUCCACUGGAGAAGAGAAAAGAAAGAGAGGGGUCCGGCUCCUCGCGUGGAGUCGAAAAAAACACAAAAAAAAGAAAAGUCAAGGAUCGACUGGCCUUGUAAAAAAGAGAGAGAGAUAGGAUGCGAGCCGGCUGCUCGUUUCCAUAAGUCCGACUAUCCAGCCGGAUGGAAAAGAAAUGUGCGUCCGCCUGGGACAAAGAGAAGACAAAGUAGUCGCAGGGAGAUCCGGCCCGACUGCUCAGCAGUCGGCCCGAAUCUCGGGGGCUACACCCAGCGGGUGCGUUGACGCGCCCCCGCGAAGAAGAAGACAAAGUAGUUGCUGGGAGAUCCGGCCAGACUGCUCACCAAUCGGCCCGAAUCUCGAGGGCUACACCCAGCGGGUGCGCUGGCGCGCCUCCACGAAGAUUGCAGACAAGAGAAGAGUUCUGUCUGGCUGCCAGCAGCCGGCAGAAGAGAAAAAGAAGAAAAAGGGCGUCGCGAGACGCCUCGCCGCCUGGUCGGUCGAGCCUGACCGGCCGGGACCCCCCUUCGAGCACCCGGGGGCUCGAAGGCUACACCCAGUGGGUGCGCCGGCGCACUCCGCGAGUGCCGAGCCACGCCGGCUGUCUUCGGCAAACUCCGCCUCAGCUACAUGAAAAUCAAUGUGAGCUCCUCACCCGCAUAUUUUUUGCACCACGAAAGCAUGGAUAACCCCGAGCGAUGCUCGGGGGACUAUCUCCGCAUUUCAUUACAGUUGCAUCACUGUUCGCCCCGGCGCCAGCCAGAGUUGGCCCGGGUGCUGGCCGCUUGGUCUGAGACAUUAGUUCCCGCAGACGGCUUAGUAGCGUGCGCAGUAUCAAAGGCCCACUCUUAGUCACAGACCGUAGAGCGGCUGUCCGACUAGCAAGAGUGAACGCUGGAGGCCAUCCACGCGAAAAACGUCCGGGAAGAGAAACGCUUCGGGCGACCCGACCGUUUCCUUUGCGAGUAUCUGCUCGGUCAAAUAUGCUCCCAGAGUCUAAGUACUGUACACUCCACUCCGCGGUCCACUCUCAGCCACAGACCGUAGAGCGGCUGUCCGGCAAGCGAGAGCACAAGCCAAAGUGUGGGGGACAUGAAAAAGAUUGAAGGGGGCUCGGACGAAACCGAGUCGGCACCCUCCGCAUAAA